AUGAUACCUGCACUUGGACCCUUGAGCAUAGUCGCGCUCAUCUUCGGCGGCUGCUGCUCAAAUGUCUUCGCCCUCGAAGCAAUCCUCCAGAGCGAGGCCAGCAGCGGCCUCCUUAUAACAUUUGCCCACUUCAUCUGCACAACCCUAGCCGCCUACCCAACCCAAUUCUCCUCCACAGGUCCCUACAUGCUGCGUAAACCUCUGGUCCCAGUACGAAAAUGGGCUGUCAUUGCGGCGAUGCACUUCGGAAUCAACAUUCUGAACAACUGGGCCUUUUCGUACAACAUCUCGGUCCCUGUCCACAUUAUCUUACGGAGCUUCGGGAGCGUCUCGACGAUGAUCGCGGGGACUCUACGCGGGAAACGAUAUAGUCGACUUCAGGUGUGCAGUGUGUUUGUGCUUACGGUUGGGGUGUUGGUUAGCGCGUGGGCGGAUUCGGAGAGUAAGGGCAAAACUUCGUCGAAGCAGUCCCAAAACAGCUCAGACUUCUCGACCGGACUCGCUGUUCUGCUCGUCGCGCAAUGCCUUGCAGCAUGGAUGGGAGCAUAUGUGGAAGAUGUCUUUGCCGAGUACGGCGCCAGCUGGACGGAGAACCUUUUCUAUGGACAUCUACUCAGUCUGCCGCUGUUCUUUCCGAUAUCGACUACCCUUCGGAACCAGUACGGGAGACUUGCAGCCACACCUCCUCUCAGCGUUGAUCGGCUGAUCAAAGAAGACAACUUCAUGUUCGGGCUUGGGAACCCGCGACUUCUGAGAUUUGUCCAGCCUGUCAUAGAGCGUCUACCACAGGGGUUACUAUUCCUCUCGAUCAACACACUCACGCAGCUGGCUUGUAUAUCCGGAGUGAAUUUGUUAUCUUCCAAGUCUUCGGCGGUCACAGUCACGAUAGUGCUCAACAUCCGCAAACUGGUCUCGUUCAUUUUCAGCACGAUCCUGUUCGGACAUGAUCUAAGCAACAAGAUGAUCUUCGGCUCGACCUUGGUCUUUGGAAGCGGUGCACUAUACGGAUGGGAAACAAGUUGGAGGAUACCACAGGAGAAGAAGAAAAAGGAGCAAGCCAACGGAUCUGUCGAGAAGAAAGAUAGAUAG